AUGAACAGUAACAGAGAGAAUUACGGCCGCCGUUUCGUCAUUUAUACAAAUAGACGCGCAUCAGUUAUUCCAAGCAGUAUACCGCCGGUAUUUGAAUCAGUGCAUAGAAAUCCAGAAGACAGCAGCUUUAUAGUACACUCAGCAAGGCCGGCCCAGCCAUAUUCAUUUAGGCAUCCCUCCAGACGGCAUGGUCCCGCACCUUAUGCAGAAUUUCCUGCAUCAAGAGCCAAUUCUGAUACUUCAGGACGUACCAGCCAUAAUUCAGCACAUACCACCCAUAGCUCUACCCGGCAUGGCACUUUCUCACACCGCCUCGGCAAGCAGAUUCGCAAAUUGAAGCGGCUAUUUCAUUCUAGAGGUGGCACUACCUCCGAAAAUACUGAAUCUUCUGAAAUAUCGCAGCAUCUUCCACCCAGCCAGCCUCAUGCUACCGUGCAGCCGCCUCCUUACACCACUGGUGCGCGCACGACCUCCUCACACACCUCGCACCAUUCAUCCAGAAUGCAUGCAUCAAUUCCGCACAACAUUUUCAGCAGGGCAAGAGUCAGCAUUCCUAGUUUGUCCAACAUUGGUUCGAGGGAUCGCAGCCCGCAGCAAAGACCACCAAUCCAGUUCAAUACGCUUUCGAUGCUUCUCCAAACAGUCUCGAUCAGCACGCUGAGAAGACUCCUCCAGAACGGCGACGCGUCGAUCGACCGCAGAGGGGACCCCGACCUCGGCGAUCUCCAGCAACGAUACACCGGCACACGGCUUGACCGUGCCGAUAUUCCGGCUGGGGAAGACACCACAUUCGGCGAGUUCUUGCACCGCCUUGCCCACGACAACUUGCUUGAGCAUCAGUUUCGGCCCCAGCUGCAAAAUGGGGGUGGACUCAGUUUUUUCAGAGCUUUUCGUUUUUCGCGUAACGACACAUCUGAGGCGGUGCCAUCAACAGUGCCAAUCAUGAUAGUUGGACUUGUAAGUGUGAGCCGAGCAGUUGCCGCGGGCUCUGUCCGGGUUACAAGCACCAAUUCCGGCAAUUCGAACCCGGAACCACCAAGCCAGACCAACGAAUCAGACGACGCUAUUUCCGCCGGAAGCAUCAUCUCGCAUACUGCAAGCCCGGCCAGUUCCAGCGGCACGCCUUUGAAUGGAGAUGCUGCCCAAACUCGCCCGUCUGCAUCGCAACAGAGUGCAGAAACACCAACUGGUGGAAAUGCAGACAAUGUUUCCGGUGAAAACUCCGGAGAACAACCCAGCACAGCCGAUAAUGCUUACCGUUCCUGGAUAAUUGUCGUUAUGGCACAUCACUAUGAGGCAUCAGACUCGGUUUUGGACUCCAUGCCGAUUCUCAUCGAUCUUUUAACUGCAUACAUUUCAAGUACAAACGGAAUCAUCAACCCGAACGACACAACGUUUUUCAACUCCCGCUCAAUCGCUGCCGGAAACAUGGAUGAGUUCCGCAACUCUCUUUUCGAAUUGCUGAACCGGCACAGGGCCUUGUCACGUGACCAGCUUAAUCAGAAACCCGAGACCAUGUGCGUUUUCCGGCCUUCCGUUUCGAAAAAGGCCACGUGGAAGGAAAGAGCCGCUUACCUAGAUGGAAGGAACCCUGUUGCAUACUACAAUCCGGGUGAUCGUUGUCCAAUAUGCUUGGUAGAGUACUCUUCUGGAGAUCUGGGCAGAAAGCUUGAUUGUAAGCAUGCUUUCCAUAAAAACUGCGUUGACGAAUGGUUGGUUAACGACAACACGUGUCCAAUUUGUCGGGCUAAAGCACUGAAGGUAUGA